GUGUCCGGGCUCUCCCUUAGAGAGAGGGUGAGAAGCUCGGUCAUCCGGGAGGAUCUCAUAGUAGAGGUGCUGCUCCUCCACAUUGAGAGGAGCCAGAUGAGGUGGCUGGGGCAUCUGAUUCGGAUGCCUCCCGUACGCCUCCCUGGUGAGGUGUUCCGGGCACGUCCCACCGGAAGGAGACCCCGGGGACGACCUAGGACACGCUGGAGAGACUACGUCCUUCGGCUGGCCUGGGAACGCCUCGGGAUCCCCCCGGAAGAGCUGGAUGAAGUGGCUGGGGAGAGGGAAGUCUGGGCGUCCCUGCUAAAGCUACUGCCCCCGCGACCCGACCCGGAUAAGCGGUAGAAAAUGGAUGGAUAGUUUAUGGAUGUUAAUGUUAAAUGUAUUAAGCGACGUAGCGAUGUUAGGGAUUAUGUCACAACACAGAAUGAAUUAACUUAAAAUUAAAUAAAAACAGAAAAAUAUUGUAGUUAAUAUUUUCAUGGAAGAUGCAUUUGGGAUUAGCCUUUGAAGUUGGUUAUAGUGAAAAAUGAGGUGAAACAGACAACGAUUUUAGUCAAUUCUUUUCCAGAAUGAGAGUGCUUAAAGAGGAGGGUGCUAUUCAUGUGGCACAGCUUCAAGCAGGCAUCAAGUGCAGGUGGAGAUGGGCCUCACUCAAGUUGGAGGCCAAAACAAAAAAGCAAAGAAAUGAGGCAAAUUUAAUUGUAAUCUUAAAUUUGUACAUCCACAUCUACUUGAGUGGUGUAAAUAAGUUUUUCUGCGUGAAGAAAAUUUGUAGAUUUUGCCUUAUUGUACUCGUCGGAGUCUUGCAGAUUGCUUAAUUUAUGUUAAAAUCAAAAAAAUAACCUGCGGGGGAUCCCCCAGACCCACCCCCUUACAAUGUAUUUUUAAUUAUUUUUAUUUUUUUUUUGUCACCUUUUUCAUGCCUUUGGUAUUUGCAUGUCUGAACUUAAUGAAGGUUCCAGCCAAGUAUUGCUGUACGUUUUUUGUUUUUGUUUUGUUAAUUUGGUUCUGUUGCUUCAACACUUAAUCUCCAGUGAAUUCCAUGCAAUCGAACCAAUUCUUUAUGGUGCUGGUAUUUUUAUUAUUAUGUUCACUUUUCACUUCAUCCACUAUGUAUACUCUGCACCGUAGGGAAUAUACUGUUAUUUCCAAAUAGCUGUACCCAAAAUUGCUUUGGAAGAAAUCUUGGAAAUAGACCUAAAUCCUAAUGUGUCUAGUGUUUGCUUACUUAUGACACUCGCUCUGAUCUCUGCUUCAUCUUUGAAAUGCAAAUUUAAUUUAACUCAAAACCACAUGGACUCAUUACCUACACUUUGGUUGUUUUUUCUUCUUUUUGGGUUAGGUUUGUACAUUUAGUUUCUACCUUGUUGCUAUUUUGAGCAGAUGUUUUACAAUUUGAAAGAACAGAUGGUCAGAGGACAACAGGUCACGAGUGGUAUUAAAUUAUACUGAUGAUUAAGAAAAUGUAAGAAACUCGAACAGGUAAAUUUUAGUUAUUCAAUGGCCUGUCACUCAUAUUAAUUACUAAGGCUGUCACAGUGCAGUGGGGGCUAUUGUGCAGACCUGUUAUCUGCUUUGGGCAGACACCAGUCAUGUGAUCACUGACAGGGUUUUUUCAGUGAUGCUCCAAAAACAAAAAGGGUGCCUAAACCUCUGUUUUUUCACGUUUUUAACAAUGAGUAUGGAAUUUUUACCUCUGUAGUUUCCCCCCGCAAUAUAAUUAGUUCUCAGUACUUUUCAAACUAAAUCUAAUAUAGAGCUAUGUUUUGCCUUCAGCCUUCCUUUAUCUGUAACGGAGAGUUUUGGUAACUUAGUGCUUAUGAACACCCAAUAUUUCCUUUUUUAUUUUAACACAUACAGUGGGUACGGAAAGUAUUCAGACCCCCUUAGAAAUUUCACUCUUUGUUAUAUUGCAGCCAUUUGUUAAAGUCAUUUAAGUUCAUUUUUGUUUCUCAUUAAUGUACACACAGCACCCCAUAUUGACAGAAAAAAAAACAGAAUUGUUGAAAUUUUUUCAGAUUUAUUAAAAAAAAAGAAAAACUGAAAUCACACAGCCAUAAGUAUUCAGACCCUUUGCUGUGACACUCGUAUUUAAUUUGGGUACUGCCAUUUCUUUUGAUCAUCCUUGAGAUGGUUCUACAUCUUCAUUGGAGUCCAGCUGUGUUUGAUUAUACUGAUUGGACUUGAUAAGGAAAACCACACACUUGUCUAUGUAAGACCUUACAGCUCACAGUGCAUGUCAGCGCAAAUGAGAAUCAUGAGGUCAAAGGAACUGCCUGAAGAGCACAGACACAGGAGUGUGACAAAGCACACAUCUGGCCAAGGUUACAAAAAGAUUUCUGCUGCACUUAAGGUUCUUAAGAGCACAGUGGCCUCCAUAAUCCUUAAAUGGAAGCCGUUUGGGAUGACCAGAACCCUUCCUAGAGCUGGCCGUCCAGCCAAACUGAACAAUCGGGGGAGAAGAGCCUUGGUGAGAGAGGUAAAGAAGAACCCAAAGAUCACUGUGGCUGAGUUCCAUAGAUUCAGUCGGGAGAUGGGAGAAAGUUCUAGAAAGUCAGCUAUCACUGCAGCCUUCCACCAGUCGGGGCUUUAUGGCAGAGUGGCCUGACGGAAGAUUCUCCUCAGAGCAAGACACAUGAAAGCUCGCAUGGAGUUUGCUAAAAAAAAAUAAACAUCUGACUCCAAGAUGGUGAGAAAUAAGAUUCUUUGGUCUGAUGAGGGCACGGUGGACGACUGGUUAGAGCGUCAGCCUCACAGUUCUGAGGACCGGGGUUCAAUCCCCGGCCCCGCCUGUGUGGAGUUUGCAUGUUCUCCCUGUGCCUGCGUGGGUUUUCUCCGUGCACUCCGGUUUCCUCCCACAUACCAAAAACAUGCAUGGUAGGUUAAGUGAAAACUCUAAAUUGCCCGUAGGUGUGAAUGUGUGUGCGAAUGGUUGUUUGUUUGUUUGUGCCCUGCGAUUGGCUGGCAACCAUUUCAGGUUGUACCCCGCCGCCUGCCCGAUGAUAGCUGGGAUAGGCUCCAGCACGCCCGCAACCCGAGUGAGGAGAAGCGGCUCAGAAAAUGGAUGGAUGGAUGGAUGGUCUGAUGAGACAAAGAUAGAACUUUUUGGCCUCAAUUCUAAGUGGUAUGUGUGGAGAAAACCAGGCACUGUUCAUUACCUGUCCAAUACAGUCCCAACAGGGAAGCAUGGUGGUGGCAGCAUGUGGGCGUGUUUUUCGCCGUUGCUGAUGUCAUAGGCUGUUUUGUACUCCUUGAACGCUGGCAGCUCGAUCCAUUCCACAUGUCAUUUCUGAAUGUUACUCCGCGGCUGACUCAUAUGCGACUCCAUUGGCCUGAGGUUCUACCUAUGCGCUCGGGACCUGCUUUGGAUACGUCACAGGACUUGACGAGACCAGAAAAAACACUUCCGCCACUUCUGCUGCUAAGAAGUAACGGUACUUUUACGGUUACAAUGAUCUAAAUGUCGCUCGCUACUUUUAUUUAUCAAUUAUUGCUUAUUUAUCAACUAUUUCGUGCGCGAGACUACGACGUCGACUUCCGCAUUCGGCACUGUUUGCGCCAAUCCAAUUUAAGCGCAAAUGACGUUUGUCUAUUUCAGCAAUCAAAUGACACAAGAAAGUCACAUGACCCAACACAACGUCUUCUAUUGAGCUUCCUGGGCAUGGGUAUUAACACUAGAUAAGCCAGCCCGGCUGAUGGUCAUGCCUACGUGGCAACCAUGUUGGGAAGUUCAUUGUUACCAUGAAGGCAACGGCGUGCGACUCAUGUUUACAUUUAGACUAACAAAAACAACAGCUUUCAUGUAUUGUAGUAUUUCUCUGGCACUGUCUGCCCAAACGUGGAUAUUUCAGCUCACUUAUAACUUGAGAAAACACCAUGCAGUAAAUUGGAGAUGUUUUUGUUGUUCUUUUUUUUUUUUUGUGCUAUUGACUCAGUACUUCAGUAGUUAUUUCACUGUGUACUUUUUACUCUUAAGUAAUUUCUUGGAGGACUACUUUUUACUUUUACUUGAGUCACAUAUUGUCAAGUAACAGUACUAUUACUUGAGUACAAUAUAUGGCUACUCUACCCACCUCUGGAGCGGACAUCCUCUAUUGCUGUACAUUUUUGAUCAUCCGAUCAGCCAGUGUCAUAUUUGUUAUACUGGUCUUUUGUAUUUUCACGUUGAGGUGUUCCGGGUCGUGGCCCUGGUUGUGGUCACAGCUGAACCGCGAAGCACACGUAACAUUGGUGACAAGAACAGAUCCGCUAGUACAUCUUGUAUUAAUUAGGAAACGAUAGUGAUAGUGAAAAAUGAAGUGAAAAAGACUGAUUUUAGGCAUCAGGUGCAGGUGGAGAUGGGCCUGGCUCAAGUUGGAGGCCAGAACAAAAAAAGCAAAGAAAUUAGGCAAAUUUAAUUUUAAUCUUAAAUUUGUGCAUGUACUUGAGUGGUGUAAAUAUUUUUUUCUGCGUGAAGAUUUGUUGCUUUUGCCUUAUUGUACUCGUCAGAUUCUUUCAGAUGGCUUAAUUUAUGUUAAAAUAAAAAAAAACUCCCUGCGGGGGCCCGGGGGAUCCCCCCAGACCCUCCCCCGACUAUGUUUUUUUUUUUCAUGCCUUUGGUGUUUGCAUGUCUGUUAACAGUGACAUCUAAAACAAACAAGGUAUUUUAUUGUGAAAAGGAAUAUUGUACAAAUGCAAAUCUGGGAUUUACAACAUAAUAUUCACAAAUGUUUCGUUGUUUUUUGCAUCAAUAGUUAAAAUGCUGUAACAUUCUGUAAGCAUUUAGUUCCGCUUUUAGUUUCAACAUUUCAUUGAAAACAUGGUUACACAAUUUUUAUGGGACCCAGCAAUGCUGUCAAGUUCACACUGUAUCAUGGUGGAUUUUUUGUUGGUUUGUUUUUAGUUUAAUCGCCUAAUUCAACUUCUUAAACAGCUAACCUAAAAUUCCAAUGCAACAUGCUGCCAAUUUUUUUCUCUUGUGUUUGUUGUCACAGUUCUGUCGGGCCAAUUAUACAUUACUCGUGCACUCACUGUAGUAGUCUCGCCACGCUGCACUAUUUGCAUAUCUGUUGUUGACCAAUACUUGCCACUCAUGGCAGAGUAGCAUCUGCACCACUUGCACACUGACUGAGGAGUGUCUGCAACAUUUGCACAUUCAACAUUGUCCCAGAUUAUCGCGCGAGUAGUCGCUUUAAACUGCAUACACUCCUUGAAGUCUCGGCGCCCUUUGCACAAUGGUCAUUACACCGGACUAUUGCUAUAUUAGUCAUUCAAACUGCUGUAAGUGCUAGAGGACUCUGCAUCUUUUUGCACAAUUGCCCAAAAAAAAUUGUACCGGCAUUACCAGAUAACUAGCAACCCUUUAUUGCUCAGUGACUGUUUUUCUCCAUGUCUUUAUGUCUCAAAAGUGUUCUCUGUCAAUUGACUGUGUUGUCGUACUAGAUCGGCUCCAACUACCGGAGACAAAUUCCUUGUGUUUUUUGGACAUACUUGGCAAAAUAAAGAUUAUUCUGAUUAUGAUAUUGGCCACAUUCUGACUCUUUGGUCAAAUUUGGGAUCAGCUCUUAGCUGUGACCAUUCUGACUUUGUCAUGAAAUAAAGAGGGAAUAAGCCCCUUCGAUGAGUAAAAAAACAAAAAAAACAACUGAUAAUAGGAUCCGCAAAUAAAAAUCUUGAACUGGCAAUGGAAACAAAAGAGAACAUGAGCUGAGAGAUGAGCUUAAAUUAGUUUUGCUUAUAUAUUAGUAUGCUUAAAUAGCCAAAAUAAAGUAACAGGAAUUAUUUUUUCUUUGUGUUCAACCUUAACUAUUUGGCAUUUAAAGUUUUUUUUUUUUUUACAUUUGACAUUUAAAUGUCAUCGUUUCCAUUUUCCCUUGAGCCUCAUGUAACGAGGAGAUGGCAGCUCUGGCUGGAAGGAUGAGCUCAGCAACUCAUGGGCAGCAGGGGGAGCAUGACUUUCCGUUGUAUAUUUUUUUAAUUAUUUGAAUGCACUUACCCAUAUUAUACUGAUCAGCCAUGACUAAUGCUAGGCUUCUUCUUAUCAUAAGCAACUGUAACGUUAUGCACAAUUUGAACAUUAACACUACACUUAAUGUAAAUGCGCCAAGUGUAUAAAAUUAGGCUCCAAACUUGUGAAACAUCGAGAUGUACUUCCAGCUGUUGGUUGCUGAGGGCGUGUCCGUAGAAUGUGCUGAAAAUACGCCUGGUGUCUUCGGUGCCUGGAAUGGAGUGGGGCAAAAAUGUAUUUAGUCAGCCACCAAUUGUGUAAGUUCUCCCACUUAAAAAGAAGAGAGAGGCCUGUAAUUUUCAUCAUAGGUAUACCUCACCUAUCAGAGACAAAAUGACAACAACAAAAAUCCAGAAAAUCACUGUCUGGUUUUUAGAGAAUUUAUUAGCAAAUUAUGGUGGAAAAUAAGUACUUGGUCAAUAACAAAAGUUAAUCUCAAUACUUUGUUAUAUACCCUUUGUUGGCAAUGACAGAGGUCAAACGUUUUUGGUAAGUCUUCACAAGGUUUUCACACACUGUUGCUGGUAUUUUGGCCAAUUCUUCCAUGCAGAUCUCCUCUAGAGCUGUGAUGUUUUGGGGCUGUCACUGGGCAACACAGACUUUCAAUCCCUCCAAAGAUUUUCUAUGGGGUUGAGAUCUGGAAACUGGCUAGGCCACUCCAGGACCUUGAAAUGCUUCUUACGAAGCCACUCCUUUGUUGCCCGGGCAGUGUGUUUGGGAUCAUUGUCAUGCCGAAAGACCCAGUGCUCAUAUGUUUUAGUAUGCCAAUCCCUCGUCAGUGUCCAUUGUGUUUGCGCCGGUGGCUGCUUGGGUACACGUGAGUUGACUGUGCGGAAAACGUGCAACGUCACGUGACAUCAUUGCCCCAGACGGCUCCGUUUAUAAAUAGUUCGCCUUUUUCGAUAUUUUAGUGAGUCGUUGUGUGCAUUUUAGUUAUGGAUAGUUAAGAAUAUAGUGUGUUUCGUCUGUUUUAUUAGUCAUAACUAAAACAAAGGCUGAAAAUUCGUCUACACUUAUGACAUGCACCGUGACUGAAUCAAGUGUCUUGGUUAUUGACUUGCCUCAUGUUCCCAAGCACUGUAGUUUGUUAAUGAUGAAUAUCUGUUGUAGUAUAUUAUUAUUAUUAUUCAAAAGCAUAUUAACCUUUGAUUCUCAUGAACAAAAAAGUAACUAUUGUCAGAUAAAUCAAAGUACCUGUAAUCUGACUACUCUAAUAUAAAAAGUAACCCGUUAGAUUACUUCUGAUGUCAGCGGAGCACAUUUUUGGAGUAAGAAUUGACUUUGUAAAGCGUUACUGGCAUCACUGGUCACAAGUAAAAGCUUCUUGAUACUCGCGUGGGCAGUGACCGCGCUGAUGUCACUGCGGCUAUCCCGCGCGCAGUUUGCCUUUAUACUCCAGCGCAACCCACACGCGCAGUUUUGAAAAUGUACUGCAGUUCUCCUCCGAGUCGGGGAUGUCGCUACUAGGCUUUACACGAUCAGAAUUUUUGGGACCGAUCACCGAUCAGCAAGUUAAAAAAAAACAAAAAAAAAACGGUCACCGAUCUGAUCACAAGAUGGAGCAAUGUGUCCAUUUACAUGACUUGUUCAUUUAUUGUAUAUACUUGUGUACUGUAUACUGUAUCCAUCCAUUUUCUGUACAGCUUAUCCUCACAAGGGUCGCGGGUGUGCUGGAGCCCAUCCGUCCGUCCCAGCUCAAAUUAUUCUCUAGCAUUUUAGACAAAAGUUAAAACACCAAUGACCUCUAGGGGGCAUUCAAGGAUUGGCCACUGACAUAAGUUUCGGUCAAAUCAACAUUACAUGACAGAAAUACAGGGUGCUAACUUACUGUAAUUAAAUUAUUUUAAUAAAUACUGUUAAUGACAUGCUUACUCUAACUUUCUCACUGUCCCAGCUAUAUGGACGGGUGUUGUCCAGAAUUUGAGUCUGUUUGACUUUUUAAAUUUAUUUAUUCCCCCCCCCCCCGCUGCAUUGCUUGAACUGCGGCAUGCUCCUCGUGUACAUUCUUCAGGAACUCGAUCAAAUUUGUUGUGUUGAAGCAUUUUGAUGACGUACUUCAGUUGUGCACAAACUGCAAAUAACUUACGUGUUUGUCUGAGACACCGCAAAAUAGUCCCACACCGACGACGUGUUUUUUUUCACCGACAAGAUUGAAAAAACAGUACUGCGCAACAAGACAUGUGACAAGGCUAAAAAUAAACUAGCUUUUGGAUUCAUACGCGACGGCGACGCGGAGUUAAAUGUCUUGUGCGGCGCUGAUCGAUGACGUCAUUGAUUGGAUCGGCGACUUAUGACAUAAAAGCUGAUCAGGCAAUCAGCAUGAAAUGCUAAUUAUCGGCCGAUACCGGUAACACCGAUCAGAUCGGCGUAAGGUCUAGUCGCUAUGGCUCGCAUUGGGUAGGAGGCCACAGGGUGGAGUUUCCUCUGCAUUUUUUGGCCAUUUCCGGUAGCUGUUUUUCCUUUCCUUUCCGUAACAAGGAACAAAGCAACAACAAUGGCGACCGUGGAACAGUGUCUGCUAGAACAAAUGGACCUAGAUGACCAGAUUAUACGUUUAAUUAUGCUGCAAAAUCGAUCAAGAAGGCGGCGGUGUAGGUGGUAUGUGGAACCGAGAGGAACGCUAAGUACGUCAUCACAGUAUGUGACUAAAACGGACCAAUCACGAGAGAUGAUGUCCGCAGCAUUCUACGCGCAGCAACAUUUUUUGCCGUGUGCACGUCAAGUGACGCAGAGGGGCCGCGCAGGCCAAUGCGUCGGUCACGUGAUGCAAUGCGGGUGUUGUCGGCCGCGCAAGCGCGGGAAUAUACUUACUGGCCCACGUGACCAAAACGCUCGCGCUGGAAGGGAUACAGAGGAAUUGCAACUUGCUACGGCGUACUACACCUGUCAGAGUGUCGAUUUACAAUCGAUUGGGCAAGAAGUGCCUUGUUGUUCGCGCCACUCUCUGUCCCAGCAAAUGCAGACCCAUGAGCCGGAAUCGGCUGCCAGUGGACCUCCACUUCGCGCAGCCCGCAUCAUGGUUCGUGUCGGCCGCCACCGGGAAUCCAUAUGAGUCGGCUCUCCUCGUGCCGCCUCGUCGAAGAGACGAUCUGGCGAAGCAUAUUCUCACAGUAUCACUCAUUAGUGGUGUGCAGUUGAGUGUGUAUCUCAAGUCGAAAGUCAUGGAUCAAUGAACAUCACACAGAGAGAGAAUAAAGAUUCUGACUCCUGUUACAACAUAUCUGUCUGCUAAUCCAUCCCAUUAAUCCCAAAAAAUGCAAUAAGAAAAUAGGGCCACUCUGUACAAAUCCAACAACCAACAUCAAUCCAAAAAUAAAUCCCAGCUGACUUCGGGUGAAAGGCCGACUACACUCUGAACUGGUAGCCAGUCAGUCAGUCGCAGGGCACAUAUAGACACGAACAACCAUUCGCACUCACAUUCACAACUAUGGGCAAUUGAAUCUUCAGUAAAUCUACCAUACAUGCUUUUGGGAUGUGGGAGGAAACCAGAGCACGGGGAGAACAUGCAAACUUCACACAGGUGAGGCUGAAUUUGAACCCUGGACCUCUGAACUUUGAGGCAGAUGUGCUAACCAGUUGGCUACUGUGCCACCACAAAUAAAAACAUUCAUUCAGCUUCCAUUCCGCUUAUCCACACUUGGGGCGCGGGCGUGCUGCAGCCUAUCCCAGCUAUCUUCGGGUGAGAGGUGGGGUACACCCUGAACUGGUUGCCAGCCAAUCACAGGGCACAUAUAAACAAACAACCAUUCACACUCACAUUCACACCUACGGGCAAUUUAGAGUCUUCAAUUAACCUACCAUGCAUGUUUUUGGGAUGUGAGAGGAAACCAUAGUACCUGGAGAAAACCCACACAGGCACAGGGAGAACAUGCAAACUCCACACAAGUGGGUCUGGCAUUUGAACCCCGGUCCUCAGAACUGUGAGGUGGAUUUGCUAACCAGUCGUCCACCGUGCCACCAAAUAAAAACAUAUUCCAGAAAAAAAAAUAAUAUUAAGAAUAAUAAUAAAAUAAUACAAAUAAAUCAUCUUAGAAUAUCACUUACCGGAGGAAAAGAAACUACCGGGUAAGUAGGAGUCCCAUGAUUAUUUGGCACUUGGCUGUUUCAAAACCUGUGUUGGCUUUAAGAGCAUAGAUAAUUUUACACUUGAGACAAUAUGAGUGCCGGGAUCCACAUCAUGGAAAGAAUGAGUCCCAACACGGGACUUUAUCAUUGCGGAAUACAAUACGGAUUCAGUAAUCCUAAACUAUAUCGUGGUUCUUGCUUUGCGGUCCCGCUAUAUUGCAGAUUGCUAUUACAGUUGCCACUCUAUUUCUUAUACUGUUUAUACAAUAUUUUUGUGUUAUCCAUUGCUCUUGCUUUCUCUCAAUAUAUUGUAUGUGUUUAGGCCUGUCACGAUUAGCAAAAUUUUUUAGGAUGAUAUAUUUUCCCAAAAACUAUCACGACAAACGAUAGUAUCUUGAUGUUUUUCAUGCCACUGAUGUAAUGAUAUUAGAGCAUAAUUAAGAACAAUUAUUUUUUAAUUCUAAGAAUAAUGAACAUUAUCAUUGUAAAGUAGAACAAUAAAUAUCUUAAAUAUAAAUAAAAGAGACUCAGGCCUUGUUCACAAAAUUGCACUUGAACAGAUAUUAAAAAUUUGGCACAGGGUAAAAAGUCAUUAAUGCCUUAACAGGCAAUAGACUGCAAAUUAAGUUUCCAGUUGUUUAAGAAAAGAUGCAAAGUAACAUUAAUAACAACACAAGUAGAUCAAAGCAACCUGUUUUGAUUCAAGAUUUGUUGUCUGCAGACUUUCUUUAAAUGCUGCUUUGUCAACAUGUUUAAUGGCUGCAUCGCUUACUGAGUAUGCUAUACUGUACAGAACCUUUCCCAAAAAGUAGAAUAUCAUGGAAAUGUUUAUUUCCAUAAUUCCAUUCAAAAAGUUAAACUUUCAUAGAUUGUAGAUUCAGGGCCCAGAAUUUAAACAAGUUCAAUUUAUUUGUUUAUUUUUACAUAAUUUGGGCUUCCAGCUCAUAAAACCCACAAAAUCAGGAAUUCAAAAAAUUUUAAUACUGUGAAGAAAUCACCAUUUACAUUUUUUGGAGAAAAAAACAUUAAAUCAAUCAAAAUAUGGUACUUUCAAAACGAUAUGUUAAUCGUCAAUUCUUGGUUGGGGAUCCCUUUGCUUUAAUCACUGCCUCAAUGUGCCAUGGCAUUGACGCAAUCAGCCUGUGGCAUUGCCUAGGAGUUAUGGCCCAGAUUUCCUUGAUACUUGCUGUCAGUUCUUUGUUUUUGGGUCUGAUGCCCCUCAUUUUCCCCUUGAUAAUACCCCAUAUAUUCUCAAUGGGGUUUCGAUCUGACCUUUGGUUGGCCAGUCAAGCACUGUGAUGGCAUGGGGAUCAAACCAGGUUUUGUUGCUGCUGGCGGUAUGGGCAGGGGCCAGGUCCUCCUGGAAGAUGAAAUCUGCAUAUCCAUACAGAUCCUCAGCAGAAGGAAUCAUGAAGUCCUCUAAAACAUUCUAGUACACUGUUGCAGAAAGCAGAGGUUACCAACACCUGCACUGGACUUUGCACCCCAAAUCAUGACUGACUGUGGAUAUUUCACACUGGACCUCAUGCAGCUUGGGUUCUGUCCUUGAUUCCCAAAUAAAAGGCACACUUUCAUCGGAAAAGAUGACCUUGGACACCUGGACAACAGUCCAGUCCUUCUUCUCCUUGGCCCAGUUGAGAUGCUUCCUCCGUUGGCUUAGGCUCAAAAGUGGCUUGACCCGUGGAAACCAACAGUUGUAACCCAUCUCCUGGAUGCGUCUGAAUGUGGUGGUUUUUGAAGCGGACUCCUGCCUCAUUCCACUCUUUCUGGAUUUCUGCUAGGUUCUUGAAUCUUCUCUGUUGGAUAAUCCGCUGAAGCCCACGGUCAUCUCUUUUGCUGGUGCAUCUUCUCCCAUAUUUUUGUCCUUCCACUAGACUAGCAGGUGCUCUGAGUUUAGUUGAUGAUGAGUGUGUGACACUGUUUAAAACAUUUAUGGCCUGCAAAAUUAGUGCUGAUUUCUUCAGUAUUAAACAUUUUUGAAUUACUGAUUUUGUGGGUUUCAUGAGCUGGAAGUCCAAAUUAUGUAAAAAUGAACAAAUCAAUAGUUGAAAUUAGGUUUUACACGAUCAGGAUUUUUGGAGCCGAUCUCCGAUAAGCGAGUUAAAAAAAAAAACGUUAACCGAUCACCGAUCCGAUAACAAGAUGGAGCAAUGUCUAUUUAACUCAUUCCAUACUAAUGCCGUCCAAAGACGUUAUUAAGAAUCCAUCUUUUCCCUGCCAAUGCCGUCUAAAGAUGUCAAUGGCGUUUUUUCAAAGGGGAUGGGUGGGGGAGGGUCUUCUGCAAUUUGUGUGAUUGUCAAGCCACUGGAUAAAUGCAAUGAGGAAUGGCACCCUGUAGAGGGAAACAACGCCUUGAGGUGAAUGUCCCUCCCUCAGAGAAAGAAGAACAAGGAGGUUGGGACGAGGAGACAAUGAGAAGAAAUAAUGUAUAGUGCAAACAUAAUGGCGGGAAAGAGAGAAGACAAAAUAAAAAAAUCUAAAAAAAAAAAGCUUUCAGUACUAGAAAUUGAUUGCGCCAAGGGAAGAAAAAUAUUUCUCCGACCGACAGGAAUGACGCCUUAGAUCAUGCAGGGAAAUAAAGGAUCACGCUCCAAGCCGAUCGCUUUGUUGCAAAGCUAUCGCCCAAAAUGACGGCCCAUACAUAUGGCGAGAUGCUCUCGGCCGCUUGCUAGCUGAUCGUCUGCCGACCAGGAUUUGAAUAUAUGGGAUCCGGAAUCGUCAGUUGAGUGAACUCCCUCUGGAGAGCCUCGAAGCAGCCGAGCUUCAUCCUGAGCUUCCUCCGACGAAGACCAAGGAAGACUAAGGUUAUGCAUCCAGCAGACGUUCGACUCCGAUUCCAGUACGCAGACAAAAAAGAAGUUCAGGGUCAGAGAAGGCGGAGUCAUGAGUGCACAACAGUCACCCAAUCCAGGCACGGAGCUGGUGAGCGGUGGGAGCAACGGUCCCCCUUCCACUUCUGCAGUAGUCAGCCAGGAUGCCGUUGUCAGCCAGGACGCCAGCUCGUCUCCUGUCAUGAUCAAGAAGGAACCAGGCACCACGGAGACGAGCAAUGGCACAUUUGGUGACACCAAUCCGGCGGAGAUCUGCGUCGUCAUCGGAGGAAACGACGGCAAAGCGAGCGGAGGCGGAUCUCGCAGAGGCCAGACCGAGGGUAUGUUCGCCCUUGGUACUCCUCCUCCAACCAAGAGCACAGACUCAUGCAUAGGUUCCUAUGUAUGUGGAGUUUGUGGGAAGAAGUACAAGUAUUACAACUGCUUUCAGACGCAUGUCAGGGCACACAGAGAGUCUGAGAGCAUGGUUGCGGAUCUACAACCAACGCCCAACAGUGGCUUCCGUUACUCCUGUGACAUCUGCGGCAAGAAGUAUAAAUAUUACAGCUGCUUCCAGGAACACCGUGACCUGCACGCAGUGGAUGAUCCAUAUGAGCAGGUCAUGAUACCCAUUGACGGCCUAAAAGAAGAGGAACCGAUAGAAUCCUAUCAUAAAAUUGGACCAAAAACGGGCAGCUUUGUUUGCGAGUUCUGCGGGAAGCAAUACAAAUAUUUCAACCCAUACCAGGAGCACGUUGCCCUUCACACACCCAUGAGCUCCUUUGAUUUGAAGGCGUCUCGGGUGCAGGAGUGUGGGAGCUUGGACAUGAGCAAAUUUGGCCACAGCCAAACUGAUAAGAUGAAGAGCAGUCAGUUUAGACGGAAACUGGAGAAUGCAUUACAGUCUAGUCUGAUUGACACAAACAGUUCACAGAAUUCAAGUGGCACUCCGAGCCCUCUUGUGGCCACUUCCUUCCCUACACCUCAGAAGAGUCAACUCUCUUCUGGGCCUUGUGAUUUUUUAGAACCCUACACUUGUGGUGCCUGUGGCAUCCAGUUCCAGUUCUACAACAACCUGCUGGAGCACAUGCAGUCCCACGCUGCUGACAACGAGAACCAUACCAAAGGGGACUCUCCAAAAGCCUCCUCAGCAUCGGGUCCUCAGGAGCCGCUGUGGAGAGUGUCUCCUGCUCAGGCCCCCCACCCCUCAGUCAAACUACAGAUACAACCUCAAAGUCUCGCCCAGAGGAACCACAAUAUCAUCCAGAAUAAUGGACUGCCUGAGAAGGAGCGGCUACAGGUGGCUGAGCGUCUCUUACGGGUAAUGUGUUCUGAUCUGAACAUGCUCAACGUGCUCAACAGCAAGGACUUCCUCAAGCUGGCACAAACGCUUGUGGACACGGGGGCGCGUCACGGGGCCUACUCCACCCGCGACGCCCUCGGCAACAUGAGUGCCUUGGCGCUGCGUCAGCUACCCCGCAUGUACAACCAGGUCAAGGUCAAGGUGACGUGCGCCCUCGGCUCCAACGCCUCUCUGGGCAUCGCUGUCACAUGCCACUCCCAGACGUCAGGCCCGGACGCUUGCUACGUUCUGACGGCGUACCAGGUGGAGGGCUCGAGACUGAAACGUUAUGUGCUUGGUGUGCGGGAGGCGGAGCUGAGGGAGGGGCCGGAGCAGAUUCACCACUGGGUCCAGAAUGUGCUGUCUGAGUUUGUGAUGUCAGACAUUCGCACUGUGUACCUGGCAGAACCUCGGGUGUCGGCGGCUGGAUUUGGGGCAUCCCCGCUCAGUGGCAGGGGCAGGAUAUGCUUGCGCUGCGCAGGGUGUUCGCUCGGCGCUGUGGUCCAGGCCGUCCUGGGUAAACGUAGCUUGCAGGCUCGAGGCCUUCACGAGCUGGCCGAACUCCUCGCCAUGUGCAAAGACAUCUCCGCCUCCACCACACUGGCACUGAGGGAGGAGCAGUACACCAACACUUCCCUAAGCACGACCGAAGAAGGAGCGCAGGUCAGCGCUGCACAGUGCCCCACCCCUCCCUGCUGGGACCGCACGGCUGAGGCCCUUCUGCAGGUCCACACUCACUUUGAGCGCAUCUGUGAGACAUAUGGACGCAGCAAGUCCACAGCGCCGCUGCUCCAGGGCCUCAACAAGCAUUUGCUAGGCACGUUGACUUGUCUGCUGGCCCCUCUUCGCCUGGCAGCACUGGAGCUGAGCAGCCAGAGGAGGCCCACCCUGCAGCAGGUGCUUCCCGUCUACCUGCGCCUGGAGAAGUUCUUCACUUCCAAAGCCGGAGAGGCGGGAACCGGCAUGGCCAGCAAACUCUGCCACUACUUCCUAGAAGCACUCAAGGAGAACUUCAAGGUUGAGCGAGCCCACCAGGUGGCGAUGGUAUUGGACCCUCAGCUCAAGCUACGUUCAGUACCGGCUUACCAGCACGAGGAUAUAAUCUCCCGAGCGUGCGAACUUGCGGCCGAAACCAAGGACGCUGGCAUAACUGGUGCAGGGGCGUCGUGCGGCGAGGAGCGGGACAAUGACGGGCCGCCCAUGCCCAAAAUAACCCGAGUUGAGGGGGCCGGAAACAACGGUGGCCUUUCGAGGGUGACAUUGUCUGGCAAUGACGGGAGUCAAAGCCAUGUCAGGCAAGAGAUCUUCCAGUACCUGGCGGAGCCUCUCCUCCAAGGCACCACAGAUCUCUUCCACUAUUGGAGCUCAACUCUGGGUAACAAGUUCCCCAGGCUGGCCCGCCUUGCUCUGUGGCUCCUGGCUGUGCCCGCGGUGGGCAUACGAAGCGAAUGCGUAACUGUGUGCGAGCAGAGCCUGGCCAUGAAGAGGAGGCAGCAGGUAACCGCUGAAGAAAUGAACAAACUAAUUUUCCUUCGCUCCAACAUGGGCUAACAGACCAAACGUUCUCCUCCCACCAGAGACUUACCUAUAUAGGCUUAGACCGAGUGUAAACCUUAAAUGUGUAUGGACAGACGAAAAAAGAUGUUUUUAGGUUGCAAGCACUUGGAACAAUAAGGCUUAUCACAUACUGUAUUGAGGACACAAUGACAUGGAGAUGUUCAGUGCUUUCGGAUUGGAACUACAGCUGUUUGAGUUUUGGGCAAGCUUCUUUGGUCUGGCCUGAAGGCUCAACUGCAUUAAUGACUACAUGCUGUUAGACUUAGGGGAUGGCAGGUAAGGUCAGUAUGAGCGAGGUUGGUGGCAUAAAUACUUUAGCUUUCGCAGUUGAUGCCGGAUCACAAACGGUUCAUAAUUUUCACUGCCUUUUGCACCUCUUAAGUCUCACUACCAAAUUUGUGGCAAUGGCACAGAGAUUGGAAUUAUUAUUAUUUUUUGUUAUUACAGCAGCCUCCCCUAAAACUGCUAAACCAAUCACCUUUUCAAUAAGGUGAAAUAUAUUCAACUUUGAUUACAGUCUUAUGCUUUCCUAAUACGCUAACACCGACCGCUGGUUCUUUUCUUUGGCUGGAUUUACAUGGCAGGCCUAAGUGGCCAGUUCCGAUUUAACUUUAAUACUUUUUUUUUUCUUCUAAAUGUCCAUUUACAGUGCAUCUACAUUUCAAGUGACAAGCUGUAUAGUUGUGUUUACCCUGACGGAGCACAUGAAACAACCCUUCUGCACAGACCAAAUUCCUCAUAAAUAACUAUACACGCAUCAUCAACACCAGGCAGUGACAACAUGAAAGAAAACAAUGUAUAGAUAAUAAAACUAUUAAACAUUACAAUUAAAGUAGGGUAGCCUCAGCAGUACUUCACUGGCUGUCCUCUGCAAUUAUUUUUCAAUCAUACACACGCAUUUGGGUGUGUGUAUGUCACCAUCAGUGUAUAUGGAUGAUGUCGAGCUUGUAUCGAUGACUGUCUAGACUAGACUAGACUGUCCUUUACAUAUCGGAUUUUUAUCCACAUUUUAAAAGAGGCCUGAUUUUUAUCUGAAGCUAUCCGAUUCCUUGCAUUAUUAUUAUUUUUUUUUUUUUUAAAUCCAUUUACACUUCAAUGACACAGAUCCACAUUGUAGCACUGGACAGCAAGAAAUUGGAAUUGUAUCACUUAAAUCAUGCGGUGUAAAUCCAGCCUUUGUCUCAUGCUGCUACAUGUGCUGCCGCAGUGCUUGGCUCGAAGGCACGUGUGACAACUCUGAUCAGACUUUUGGGGUUUUCGCAAUUAUUGUGGUAACAAUUAGCGUCAUACUUUGGAUACAGCCAAGCUUGUAAUUAAUAUAUUUAAAUCACAAGGCUGUUUUAGCUAACUUUCUGAAGAGAAACAUGCUGACCUGCUGUCGAUUUAUUUUUUUAUUUUUUUUAAUUAUUAUUAUUUUGUUUUUCUGUUAUUUACAGGCAAACAGCAGUAAUUUGAGUAGCCUUCGUGCUGGUAAACAUUGCUUAUAGGAACCUUUUUUUUUUUUUUUUUAAUCACUAUAGUUUAGUCUUCCUUAAGUGGGGCUUAAUGUGUUGAUUUCUUAAGGCAAUAAGCUACAUGAUUAUUAGGGCAAACAUAACAGAAUCCACUAAAACCGACUGUUGGCAGACACACUGCUCCCACUGUCAAUCACUCUCUCUUUUUGUGGAAAUCAAAACAAAUCUCUCACAGAAACGAUUGAGCCUGCCAUUUCCUUCACCAUGCUUUGACCUCCAUAUUGAGGUACAUGCGUACGCUCUCAAAAAUACAGCUUGUAGUGUCAUUUGAAAGAAACGCAUUGUAUCAUGAGACAGAUGCACUAGCAUAGCCACUAGGGAUGGGAAUCAAAACCAGUAAUUCAAUUCCUAGGAAUCAUUUGUUUGCUGUCCUGGUGAUUCCGCUUAUGGAUUCCUCUUGCGCUACAAAUGAAUCAUGAUGUCACACGUAUUUUGGUUCUAAACUUUUCCAACAUGGCAUCAAGGCAAAAGCACUCUAAAGUUCGGCUAUAGAGUGCUCACGCAAUAAAGAUGAUACUUGGGGGCUUGCAACACUUUAACAAAGCUUUAAUUUUGUCAAGGAGGGAAAUGCAUGCAAUAUUCAGCAGAAACAUAUUUGGUUCUGACAUUGAUAUCAUUUGUAUUUCAUUCCCUUUCCUAAUGAGAAUCUUAAAUUGAUAAGGAAACAGAUCAAUAAACAAUAUUGAUAAUGGAAUCGGAAUCCCUAAAUUCUAAUCAUUUCCCAUCCUUAACGGCCACAGAGUUUCCACUCUAAUGAAGUCGUUCUUUUAUUUUUUUGGGGCGGGCUAAUACCUCCUUAAAAUGCCUUAGAUGAAUGGAAGUUUUCUGUGGUCUCUGGUAUUGGGUUAUUUCCGCCCUACCUUAGGGGUUUAUCAAUUACCUUUUGUCAACAAAAAAUGCCUUUGUUGCUAAUUCAUUGCCUUUUCUGCAACAUCCCAGUGAUAUUUUUUAUUUUUUUUUGCUGCUUCUCAAUAUGAGCAUGCCCAUGGUGCUGUGUUCUAUAAUAAGAUAAGGGUAUGAUCUGUCUUCAAAUAAUACUAUAUUAGUACAUUCUACAGUAUUUAAACAGUGGAAGAAUCUGAAACUAUAAACACAGAGCUUGACUCUCACAAACUGUCAUAGACACCACACUUUUUUUUUUUUUUUACUGUUCCUGGUGACUUUUGUCAAAAAAAAUAGCUUAUAGUUUAUUGAAAAUACACACUGAUUUUUAUCAUUUAAUGUUAUAUUUCUUUUCUUUUUAAAAUCAUGUGUUUUUGCGAGGCAUUGGAAGUGUAACCUGAUUUUGUGCGACCAAGAUCUGGGAAUUAUGGAUGGGCAUUUGAGUACAUUUUCUUGAUCAACUUUUAAUUAAUGGGCAAUUAAUGGAUUACCUUAAUGUAAUAUUUAUGGGUAAACAUGUUAAGUUUGUGCAUAUCAUAUUUCUUUAUUUAAUUAAUCUUUUAAUAAUAGUUGUGAACAUCAAAAUUUUAAACAUUUCCCAAAGCAUCUUGUUAGCAUCUUUGUCACAAUACCCCAAGGAGCAAGAAUUACAGAACACUAUCCAUCCAUCCAUCCAUUUUCUGAGCCGCUUCUCCUCACUAGGGUCGCGGGCGUGCUGGAGCCUAUCCCAGCUGUCAUCGGGCAGGAGGCGGGGUACACCCUGAACUGGUUGCCAGCCAAUCGCAGGGCACAUCGAAACUAACAACCAUUCGCACUCACAGUCAUGCCUACGGGCAAUUUAGAGUCUCCAAUUAAUGCAUGUUUUUGGGAUGUGGGAGGAAACCGGAGUGCCCGGAGAAAACCCACGCAGGCACGGGGAGAACAUGCAAACUCCACACAGGCGGGGACGGGGAUUGAACCCCGCACCUCAGAACUGUGAGGCUAACGCUCUAACCAGUCGGCCACCGUGCCGCUAUUACAGAACACUAUACACCCUAUUUCUUGUCUUCCUGAAAUUAGCCCAUUUGGUGGGAAAUGGCAUGAUUUGUCUUAUUCAGGAGAGUCAGCCAUCAUCCUGGCCAGUACAUAGGCCAGGAUGAGGGUUAGGCCAAAGGCGAGCCCAGGGCUCGUCAUCUUGAAAACUGGAGCAGAGCCCGACCCUCGCGAUUAGUCUUCACACGGCUGCCUCUCGCCUGCUCUUGUAUGUGCAACAGCAGGCUAAAUCUCUCGAGCGAGUGUGCGCAUUGCCACCAGCUUUUGGCCUCUAGUCCUUUUGAAAACGGAGCCAAGAAUGUGGAGAAAGGGAAGGAAAGAAAGCCAGCGCUCGUAGAGAAAACAUCCUUUUAACUCAUUGAGGCAGUUCAUAUGCUACACUGUGUAGUGCAUGAACACUUUCCGGCAAUUGCUUGAAAGUGGCUCUGGAUCUUUGGCCUGCCUUGCUCUCGUGUCAUGGGUUGGGUAGUUAUGUAAAUUAGUUCCACUGUUAUGUAGCAGUGCAGCCAGCUAACAUCUUCAGAAAUUGGCAAAUAACUCAAGCUUUACUUGGUGGUUUAAUUUCACACUUGAUGGCUCAGCAGGCCCCCCAGAGACACAUUUGCAUACAAGCAAUUUAAAAAGUCAAUUUUUCAUGUUAUGCUAUGUAACAAAUAGCACCAACUAGUUGAGUACAUCAUCAGCGUCUCUGCUGGUUGCAGUCAAAUCGUGCACACCGUUUUUCCUCAAUAAACAAUGCUAAGCAAUCAGAGUUCUUAGCCAUCACUUGAUCCUUAUAUGAUUGCCAUUUAAAAUAUAUUUUAAAUGAGGACAGGGAAAAUGUACUUUAUUUUAAAUUAACCAAUUCAAUGGUUUACCUCAAUAUUUAAAAGGUAGUGUUGCUGCUCAUUUUCAAAGAAACAAACAUGGUUUGAAGUUUGUGUUUUUUCUCUGCGCCAGGAAUAUAAUGAAGGGAUUUCUAAUAGCGUUUUUAAAGUAUGUAUUUUAAAUAGGAUACGCUCUGGGACAAAAUGCCAUCAGUGGACGUCGCGAUGAUCACGUCAACGUAAUUGAACCCGAGAACUAGCGUUGUUUUUUGCUUAAAUGAGAAUUCUAUCUUAAGAUUUAUUAUGCAUGCUUUUGAAUAAGAUUUUAUGAGACGGUUUGAAGCCAGUGUUUUUUUUGUUUGUUUUUUUGGGGGGGGGGCGGGGGGGUUCUUUCCAUGACUGAAUUUGAGCCUCUCGGGUGGGGAGGUCAGGUGGCCGAGGUACUGCUGAUCAUAGGGCUGGUGCGAAUGCGUGGUUGACGUCAUCCGUUUUCCGAGGAUGUAUUAUGUAAAUACGAGAGAACUGCUGUUUUUAUGCCACGAGGGGGCGCCGUCAAUUCAGAGACAAAGUAGAUAGCGCUGAUAACAUACCUCUUUUUUCUACAGUAGCAUUUCAAGGAGGAAAAAAAAGAUCUUUUGAUAUGAUCGAAGAACUCAACUUAGAUACUGUUAGCCCAGCCGCUCUAAGUUUAAUUUUAACUUAUUCAGACAUCAAUUGUAAAAUAUGCUAACAAUGAGAUGUGUUCUUUGGAUUCUAGUCUGCAUUAUCAAAUCAGGUUAAUAACAGUAUAUUGCUUUUAAUCCUAUUUUACAGGCGUUUUUCUUCGUUUUCUACUGUUAUACAACACAAGUUUGAUCCUUUUGUCUCUCUUUUUUUUUUUUUCCUGAGUAGAUUCCCACGAGUUGUCUUAUUAGUAAGCCUAAUUUAUACUUUUGUAGCAACACUAUUUUUAUAUAAUGGCAAAGUAAGGGUUCAGUGUCUUUUGUUGUUGUUGUUGUUGUUUUGUGUCAUUUAAUGGCAGCGCUGUUCAAAACUGUUUCUGGACUACAUAACCCACUGUAGUAUGUGAUGUUUGAAUAAACUCCGAAUCUGUGUCUAAA